GCGCCUCUCCCCGGUAGCCGACUAUGACUCCGACCCAGAGGCGCUCCCGCUGCACGUGAUCCGCCACAUGAACGAUGUCGGCGCCCUCUACUGCCACAUGGUGGAGCCAAGGAAUGGGAUCCCGUGCAGCCUGCUGGCUUUCAGCAAGGCAUUCAAGAACACCUUCAUCGUGAAUGGAGGUUACAAGAGGGAGGAAGGGGACAAGGCCGUCAGCGAUGGCUACGCCGAUCUGGUCUCGUACGGCCGGCUCUUCCUGGCGAAAUCCGACCUGCCAGAGCGGUUCAGGAAGAACGAAGGUCCGAACAAGUAUGACCGGGCUACCUUUUACACCACUGAUCCGGUGGUGGGCUACACAGACUACCCUUUCCUUGCUCAGGGCAGGGGACACAAGUAGCUACCUGAUUGAA